UUCGCCAUAUUGAGAGCAAAUUAAAUAAAUCAUGACGAAACAUCUAGCAAAGGAAAUUCAGAUUGUGAAACUCGUUAUUUUCACAAUCACAUUCGUCGUAACGUUUUGCCAAAGUUGGGCAUGUGCUCAUGAUAAUUGUGACUCAACAUGGGCAAAAACAGUUGGUCGUGGAAGAAAGCAAAAGACUACCCUAGAGUGUUACUACCACGAUAUUAUUAGUGGGGAGUCCCCAACUGCAGUAUUAAUUGCCAAGGCCAACGGAAGCACUAAUGUUGCUCCGUUGGCCUUUGGGAAUCUAUUUAUAUUCGACGAUUCCUUGACUGUGGGUCCUGACCCUACGUCGAAGCUCGUGGGACGGGCUCAAGGGAUGUACGGUUCGGAUUCCCUAGGGGAGGUGGGCCUAAUCAUGGCUAUGGGGUUCACUUUCUCUGAGGGUAUCUACAAUGGGAGCUCCAUUAGUAUUAUUGUCCAUAACCCGAUCACGGUUAAACAUAGAGAGUUACCCAUUAUUGGUGGUACUGGGCUUUUCAGGAUGGCUCAAGGUUAUGCUGUGCCAAAUACUUAUAUGCUUGAUCUCUCUACUGGUGAUGCCAUUGUUGGCUAUAAUGUUACAAUAUUUCACUAUAAGAAGGAUUAUAUUUAUAUGGGAUGGUGAUCCUGUCAAAAAAAUAUUGAGUAUGUUGCACACUCAUUGGUUAUUAUCACACUGUCGAUGCAAUAAAUAAAACUAAGUAGUGAACAUGUACUUGUAUUGUUUUAGCUUUUAUCUACUAAAAAAGGCUUCCUAAGCCCUAAAACAAACCAAAAAUGGGCUGUGCCUAACAGUGUUAACAUGUUACCAAAUUAAUAUUACGUUAGAAAUGUGAUCCAUUAUCCCAUAUUCCCAUGUAGCGUACUGUAGUAAUUGUCCUCUAAUGCGUUCUGAUACCCCUUCACAUAAUGAGUCAUGAGUUUAUAACCCCUAUAAAAGGUGGAUAGCGAUUUUAUU